AUGAAGCAGUCCGUAGUGUUCGCUAGUGUGUGCUGUGUCCUGCUGGCAGGACGCGCCGUGCUGUCGGCUCCGGCACCCCAACAGAACCCGAGCGAUGUGACACUCGUGCGAUAUAAUAGCGAAAAUAAUGGACUUGAUGGUUACAAGUUCACCUACGAACUGAGUGAUGGACAGAUCCGCUCCGAGGUCGGUACCUACCGCAUGGUGAAGGAUGCCGAGGGCAAGGAAGUGCCGACGCUGUUCGUGCAGGGCGCGUAUUCGUUCGUCACUCCGGACGGCCAGACGCACUGGGUGAACUACACCGCCGACGAGAACGGCUACCACCCGAAGGUUGGCACCGGCCCGACGGGAGGCAUUCAACCGGGACAGGAUGCGCCGGUCCAAUAAGCACCACCAGCAGUCGGUCGGUCACCAGCACUGUCAGUCAGUCAGUCAGUCAGUCAGUCAGUUAGUCA